UGCACACUAGAACGUUCUCUUGUUCUUAAGUGAUUUUUGAAGGCUCAAUUAGUGUUGCGUCAUUUGGCAAAAGUUUUCGGGAAAGAGAAAUGGAUCAAUUCUUCAACAAACCUCAAUACAAUUCAAACAUGGAUGAACCAAGGUCCAUAAUAUUGACAAUAAGUGACAACCCAGCAACUCAGGAGAGUUAUCCAGCGUCAGAGCACGGGGGGCCCAGUAUUGGCCAAGGAAGUGUAUUCUCACCCCUGGCUCCACCGUUCCAGAGUCGUAUCAACAAGAACUUUGGAUCCAUGGUCGCCCCACCAGAGCCCCAAGUUGGGGAUACUGCGCCAGACUUCGAUUUGAUGAAUCUCUCCAUCAAUGAUGCGGAAUCGAUCUUCGAAAGUCGAUCAGAACAGAGUGCUCCGAACUACUUCAUGGGUUCUAAGACGGAGUCGGCUGCAUGUAGCGGUGGUUGGGCUGAUAAAUCUACCAAUAAGACUGCCGACAAUUUCCGGGCCUUUGACUUUAUGAUCAGAACUUUGUCGGCGGCACAUUCGUACGUGUCAAUACUAACCAAAGAUCAAAUAGCGGUGUUGCAAUCCAUCCGCCCAAAAGUGCUCUUUGACCUUCUGCAGGAUGUGGUUAAAUACCAUCAGGAUAAUAGGCGCACGCAACGAACUUUAUCUCGUGAGUGCGCUUUCUGUAAGAAUAACGGUGAGCCUGAAGACAAGUACUCUGCGCAUGCGUUGAAGGACUGCAGGGGUCGCGUGCUGUGCCCCGUGCUGCGCGCCUUCUGCUGCCCACGCUGCGGCGCCACCGGCGACCGCGCCCACACCAUCAAGUACUGCCCUACCAAUAUUGAUAAAGGUAUGGACCGUGGGGCCUCCAUGCGUCAACGUGCGUCGUUUAGCUCUUUGUUUAUGUACAACGAUGUAAUGCCGCGCAGCAGUUUCGGAGCCCCGUCCAACCCGCCGCAGUCUCCCUCGUCUUCCUUCAACGAAUCCUUUUUCAGCUCCAACUAAAGGCUUGUCAAGUGGUCUAUUCGUAUUGCGCUCCAAAAAAAACGUAGUUAGGCUCUCAAUUGAAUGCUAACCAAUCAAACUCUGUAUGUACCUACAAUCUACAUACUUAGAUAUGUCUAUAGUUUCGCAGAUUUCCGUUUGGACACGAUUACAUCUGUAAGUUUUACUUACGUAAGUAGCUUACAUGAUUAACUAACAACGCUACUAAUGUAAUUUGUUAUCAAUUAAUUACGUAAGCUACUUAGUUACGUGAAUAAAGUAUGUAGGUGUACAAUCGCGGCCUUAAAAGUAUUCAGUAUUAAAGUUAUCAAGGUCCCAAGAAUUACUUACGAAUCUUUAACUUUAUUUUUACGGAAAUUUGGCAAACCACAGAUAGAUAUUAGUUUCUAGAACGUGUGUACAAAAUUACAUCGAGUUUGAUUGUUUAAUAUUCAAAUGGGAACCAAACUACGUUUGUAUGGACCAACUGACGGAAAGAUCAACGCGCCGGCAAGUCUUUUUGGAAAUUUAUGGGUACCUAAGUUUUUCUUUUUGUUUUUCGUAGUAAAAUAGUAGCGGGCGGUCUAAGCCGUUCGAUGAGUCUUUUCAAUUUCUCGUAUUAAUAGUUUUUCAUGUAGGUACUGACACUUAUAGUGAAAGAGCCUGUGAGGGCCAGACCUUUGUUUUUUUAUAAAAGCUGAAAGGCUGAAAGUUUCUCUGCGCAUUGUCCCCACAACAGGGAGGUGCGAUCAGCGACUAUGAAGUUUGGAUUAUGGCGGUUUUGGGAGAUAACAGGUAAGAAAAACGUAUAAAACCUCUCAUCAAAGUCAAUUUUUUUUAAAUAUUUUCUUCGGAAUACUUUAAUUUAAUUAUAAAUCACGUCAUGCAUUGCCAGAAACACUGUAUCUUGGCAACUCCCUGCCCUUAAACUUAAAUAUGUCAGGGGUUUCCCAAGACAUAUUAAAAUUUAAGGGUGGCUGUCAAGGCGUGCCACGAUAUUAAAGGUCUGGCAAUGUAUGACAUGAUUUUUAAUUCUAUUCCGAAGCAAAUAUUAGAAUAUUAGACUUUAUAUUUUCUAGAAAGAUUUUAUACGUCUUCGUUACCUGUUAUCUGCCAAAGCCACCAUAAUCCAAACUUCAUAGAAACUUCAUAGAAAGUUUUAUAAAAUAACAAAGGUCUGGACCUCGUGCGCUCUUUGUCUAUUAUUAAACAUUACCUAAUAAAUAGGUAAUUGGAUCGUCAGCCAAUUCGCAAUUUGUUUAUUUUACUAUUUUAGUAAGUAGUGAAGUAAACCACAGCGUCAUAGUUGAUCGAAAACUAUCUGGUUCAUAGUGAAGUAUGCUGGCCAUACUUUAUUUGAAGUCUUUAUCAACAGGCUUGACGAUUCAACAAUUUCUUGCUUUAUAAGUUUUUUGCAUGUCUAUUAAUAUAGUUUCUUUUUUUUUUAGGAUAAUUUUGUAAUAUUUUUUAUGGUAUGGUUCCACUGUCGAGCUUCGGCAAAUGGUUCGUGAUAUUGCGAAAUAUGUGGCCGGUGACAAUCGUAUCGUUUUGCAAAUUCGCACAAACACGAAUGACUGGCGCGAAUAAAGGGGUUUUUCAAAAUGCCGCGGGAACUCUUUUUGUUUUUCCGGGAUAUGUCUUACACCCCACAGGGAGGACCAUUCGUUGUCAGAGAAUGUUGAGUCUGCUGGCUGGAUCAUUUGCCAAACUUAUUAAAAAUUCGUCUCUUCCCGCAUAGUGUGGCCACUUAAUUAGCCGAAUGUCGAAAUAUCGUGAAAGCUCGAACUUGAAUCAUCCGAAUCCCGAUAGUGGAGUCGUACCAUCAUAAAACAUGUGUUUGUAUUUUUAUAAGAAAUCAUUUUUUACAUUUUUGUCUUUUGAACAAAUCAAUUUGUAGGUCAUAUUUCCUAAAAAUCAGACAUUUUUUUAUAUUUUUUUAUCAAGUCAUUUUGUGAGUUAUCUUUCAUCAGUCUUUAUGCAGCUUUAUCAUAGUUUUGUCUUGUUUAAUUUCAUUUUUCUAUAGAUUUUUCCACAUUUUUAACGAAUUAAUUUGGAACAUUUCAUAAUAAAUUAAUACAAUGAAUGCAAUCCAAAACCAAUGAAAUGCCUAUUACCUAUUAUUAUUGUUAUGGACCCAUAAUAGCGGAUUCAAAAAUAUAAAUUAAUUUUCUAACAUUUGCGUAACUCAUGUAACUUUUGACACAUCAACGCAUAUAUUUUAGUCAUUUAUUUAAUUUAAUAAUAAUUUUUCAUUGGAUUUUUAUUCCCCAUUUUUUUAAGGAAUUAAUUUGAAAUAUUUCAUAGCAAAUCAAUACAAUUAUUAAUGUAAUAAUCCAAUCUCAAUAAAAUACAUUAUUAUCAUAAUCAGAGCUAUUCAAUUAAAAAAUCUUUAAAUUUAUUUUAUUCCAUGAGCAUUUCAUUUGUAAUCCAUAAUUUUUUUAUACUUACCUACUUAGUAGCAGAAUGUUUGUUAAACUUAAACUUUUAACUUUCGGCGUACCUAGCAUACAUUCAUGUAACUUAAAAAACUAAUCUAAUUGUUAGUAAAUUGUGUUUUUCUAAAACUAAUAAAAUAAAAUUGUAAGCAUCA